AUGUCUUAUAAAUUAUUACGAUAUUUUUGUCGGCUUAAUUUGACAGUCAACCAGGCUUUGCUUGUCUCGUCUGCUCCUUCGAAUUUUUGUACGAGUGGCAAAGCUUUUCUCUUGUUUGCAAGUCAACGAAGAAUGGUUGGUUGCCAAAGUCCUGUGCCCAAAAAAUCAGCCAUUUAUACCAGGACCGGAGAUAAAGGUUGUUCCCUUUGUAAAAUUCCACGAACAUCAAGUCUUUAUAACGGUGAACGAAGGCCAAAAAAUGAUGAUAUCUUUCAUUCAUUAGGAACCGUGGAUGAGUUAAAUUCUAGUAUUGGAAUCGCUAAUUAUUAUUGUAAAAAGGCCGGAAAUGGAUUAGAUGAAAAAUUAAUCGAGAUACAAUGUAAAUUGAUCGAGAUUGGUUCUAAUAUUGCAACACCACGAAGCUCUUCAAAUGAAUCUAAAUUAUCUUAUACAUCUUUCGAUGAUGAAAUUGUUACGACUUUGGAAUCUUGGGUUGAUCAUUAUGAUUCUCAACUUCCUCCAUUGAAAAAUUUCAUUUUACCUUCGGGUGGAGAGUGUGCUGUAUUUUUGCAUCAAUGUCGCUCGAUAUGUCGUAGAGCUGAACGUAUUACAGUACCAUUAGUUGAGGCAGGAAUUGCCGACAAUGCUGUUGGAAAAUACUUGAAUAGGUUAAGCGAUUUCUUUUUUGUGGCGGCGAGAUAUGCUGCUAUGUUCGAAAAUCAUACAGAAAACAUCUAUCAACAAAGAAGGAUUGAUAAACCUAGUAAUUUAAUGUCAAGAGACAUGAAGAAAGAAUAA